AUGAGUGACGGACUCGCACAACACACAGUCGCACCGAUUCGUCGCCUCAAGCCUGUCUACCGACGACUUGGGUUAGGUUUUAGGGUGAAGCACUUUGAUUCUUUGAAAUUUAAUAUGGAAGAAGAUCGACCUUCUACCAAGAAAUGUAGAACUUUAUUGUCUUUCUUUUCAAAAAGUAAAAAAUCUCAGGACUCUCCAAUUCCUACGGUGCCCAUUCCUCCAAUUUCAUGCCCUGAAGUUGAACGACCUUCAUCUUCCAAUUUUAAUUUUGAACCAUCUGAUUCUAUUGAACGAGACCUUGGAAAAAGAAAGCAAAUAUGUGAACGUCCAUUUAAUGAACGCGAUCAGAUUAGGCGGGCUUAUCUAAAUAUUGGACCUUAUCAACCAAAACUUUUGGAGUAUCAGAACAAAGAAUGUGGAAAUACAACAUCGUCAUUGUUUCAUAAUGGCUGUAAGAGAAGAGUUGAAGAUUUAAUGAAACCAACUCAACAUAUUGACAAGGUAAUGCAUUCUGUAUCAAAUGAGGAAAAACAGAAAAAUCGUUUGCGUCUAAAGACCACGAUUAUGAGUGUUAAGUGGUUAGCUCUUCAAGGUUAUUCCUUUAGAGGCCAUGACGAAUCUCCAUCUUCACUGAAUCGUGGGAAUUUUAUUGAAUUGGUGGAUGCAUUUGCAAAAAUGAAUAUUGAAGUAGGAAAAGUUGUGUUGAGUAAUGCUCCCAAAAAUGCUACAUACACGUCUCCAGACAUUCAAAAAGAAAAUUUGAGCAUUAUGGCCAAUAGAUUACGACAAGGAAUUCGUAUGGAAAUUGGGGAUGCAAAGUUUAGUAUUCUUGUUGAUGAAACACGAGAUGAAUCUUCACGAGAACAAAUGACUAAUAUCCCGAGGUUUGUGAACAGUAAUGGAAUUUUAACAGAACGCUUUUUUGCAAUUAAAAGUGUUAGUGACACUACCUCAUUAAAUCUUAAGAAUCAGGUUUCUGAUGUUCUUGUUCAUUUCAACCUUCAAGUGCAAAACAUGAGAAGCCAAUGGUAUAAUGGUGCUAAUAAUAUGUGUGGUUCUUGGAAUGGACUACAUGCAUUAUUUCUUAAAGAUUGUCCAUAUGCAUACUAUGUUCAUUGUUUUGCCCAUCAUUUACAACUCACAUUGGUUUCUGCAGCUAAGGACGUCUCAUAA